AUGGGAGACAUUCCCUCUCCACAUACAACUCCUGUGCAAACAGUUGAGUACAAGGCCAACAAAAUCGUUCCCUCAGGGCCGGCGUCCUCCCCUCAGAAGUCUCCUCCAGCACCAGCACCAGCACCAGCAUCCUCGCGUCGACGCCCGUCCAACCCUCGACAAUCUUCCCACGGCCAUACUGCUACACAAUUUGAUGAACAUUACGACAGAAGAAAUGGUGUCCCAUCUCUAGCAGGCGAAUCCGGGCCUUUCAACAUGGCACCGAUGCUUAGCGCUUGCCCUCGUGGAGGUUACCAACAUCCCCCUCCCCUAGGGGCUCAUCCGCAGUACAGCCAGCAAACUUCGCAGCCUGUCAUGCAGCACAUGCCACAUAAUCCAUACGUCGGCCAUCAUCCUGGCUCGAUAAUGGUUCCUGGAUACUACUUACAGCACCCACAAAUGCAUCAAUACUAUGCGACAAAUGCUCCCUUAACUCACCACGGCCCGCUGCCGAUGCAAGUACAAGGCAGUUCUGCUUACUAUCCAGUGCAAUUCGUCAUGGAACACCCACAAUCCCUCGGGUACUACCCACAACCACACCAGUUUCCUGAUCCAAACCACCAACGAAAUGACCACAUGAAUCGCCGGUACAGCCAAGGGCAUAUCCCACAUGAAGGGCGAAGCCAACCCCGAAGACCGUCCUACAGAUCAAACAAAUCUUUCGGGGAUCGGAAUUCGCCACCUGAUUCUAAACGUCAACAACAGCACACAGUCCGUGGACCGCCACGAAAGCCAUAUCAAAGUGGCCAUGCGAUAUGGAUUGGAAACCUUCCGCCACAGACCGAAUUGAUGAACCUCGUGCACCACGUUUGCGAAUUAGCCCCGGGACUUCGAUCCCUGUUUUUGAUCUCGAAGAGCAACUGUGCGUUCGCCAACUUUAAGGAGGAAACAACUUCAAUAGAAGCUCAGAAGACUAUCCACGAGUCCAAGUUUCAAUCUGUGCGAUUGGUCUGUCGACUUAGAAAGAACACGGCGGAACCAACUUCAGAGAAUCACAUUGUCAUCGCAUCUGGUACCAGCAUUCCUACGUCACCUACACUCGCCAAUGAUGCGUAUGACGGGAAUAUAUCUCCUUUGGGUGAAAAGGCCGACCCUCUUGAAGGCAUUGAAACACAAGCAGCUACAAAGCACACAAGCACAAACGCUCACCGAGAUCGAUUCUUUGUCCUCAAAAGCCUUACGAGGGAAGACAUGGAGAAGAGUGUUAAAACUGGCAUUUGGGCCACCCAGUCACACAACGAGGAGCUUUUGAAUAAUGCUUUCAAGACUACAGACAACGUCUACCUGAUAUUUUCCGCCAAUAAGUCUGGAGAAUAUUUCGGAUUUGCUCGAAUGACGUCGGAAAUAAACCAAGAUCCAGGCGCUGCAGUUCAAUUUGCACCGCAGAAUCAGGCCACCGAAGAAAGCGACCUACCACGAGCUGUGUCGAUCGAUGCGAAAUGUAAAAUACCAAAAGGACGCAUCAUUGAUGACUCUGCACGAGGAACAAUGUUCUGGGAAGUCGAAGAAAACGAAAAUGAUGGCGAAGUGGAGGAUGACGGCGAAGUUACCAGCAACAAGGAAACGGAAGAUGCGGACGAAGAUCUUCAGACCUGGGGUAAACCGUUCAAGCUGCAGUGGCUUUCGAUUAUCCCAUUACCCUUUUACCGCACAAGAGGUUUACGAAACCCGUGGAACUCGAACCGCGAAGUAAAGAUCGCGAGGGAUGGUACAGAACUCGAGCCUGCGGUUGGCCGCCGACUGAUUGGCUUAAUGAACAACAAUACGCAUAUGGGGCAGCACGACUCGCGAGGUAGUCCUGCCUUUUUUGCUUCUGGUGGACGGCGAUGA